AGGAAACGAUAUAAAACAUGGCCAGGUCAAAUUAAAAGAGUUGUUUCCUUAUGGAGGGGAUAUUCUUUCAAGACAACAGUAAUUUAGAUAAGAAGAUAUUAUUACAUGGUUUAUAGAUCCAGAGAAUCUACAGCUUUAAGAGGGGCGGUAGAGAGACGGAGCUCACAUGCUUCCUGCUCUCAGGAGACACAGUCGGGACAUCAAAGGUCUACCAGGAGGUGUUCUGGCCUCUGUGUUAAAGGCUGAACCUGGACCUGGUCCAGACCGAUACAACCAGAUCAAACCAGGAAUAUUUAUACGAGAAUCUCUCUUCAAAUCAACAAAGAAGCAGUCAGAUCUCUUCUGAUCGAACCUGGUUAGCCAGUCAGGAAAGCCAGGAAACUGAUUGUUGGCUUUCAGGCUUCCUCCUGUUAUCUUCUCCAAUCCUUAGAAAAUCGUACAACUGUUUGAUUCGUCAGAAUUCUGAGAAGUUAACAAAUUGGGCUACAAUGAUAAAUACUUUGAAAGAAAAGUUUAGUUGGCCCCCCCCUAAGCGGUUGGCAGAAGCUGUUAAGAAUGAAGGCAGGAAGACUAAAGGACCUUCAGGUACUCUGGACAUUUACACUCUUCCUCUGAAAGCCCAGCCCAUGAAUGUAGAGGGAUGCAAGCACUUCAUAUUUGGAAAAGACUCUGUGAAAAAGAACCGCACCAUCAUGGUUCUAGGAGCCACUGGGGCGGGCAAGUCCACCCUGGUCAACAGGAUAAUCAACUACAUCUUGGGGGUCACAUGGGAAGAUACCUUUAGAUUCAAGUUGGUAGACGAAGGCACGGCCAAGUCUCAGGCUCACAGCCAGACCUCUGAAGUCACCGUGUACAAGCUCAACCACCGAGAGGGCUUCCAGAUCGACUACUCCCUGACUAUUGUGGACACGCCGGGUUUUGGAGACACGGGGGGCAUAGUGAAAGACAGGAUGAUUAUAAGUCAGCUUCAAAGGCUUUUCUCAGCUGAACAUGGAGUCAGCGACAUCGAUGCCAUCUGCUUCGUGGCCCAAGCGUCUCUAGCUCGGCUUACACCAACACAGAAAUACAUCUUUGACUCAGUGCUCUCCAUAUUUGGCAAAGAUGUGGCAGAGAACAUCCGGAUUUUAGUGACAUUUGCAGAUGGCCAACUCCCUUCGGUUCUCCAGGCCAUCAAAGAAUCUGAGGUCCCCUGUCCUAAAGAGAAAGAUGGUUUACCAAUUCACUUCAAAUUCAAUAACUCUGCCUUGUUUGCUGACAAUAAGGUAACCGGUGCGAACAACACAGGUGAUGACAAUGAUGAUGAUGAUGAUGAUGAUGAAGAAGAAGGCUUUGAGCAAAAGUUUUGGGCCAUGGGAACCAGAAGCAUGAAAAAAUUAUUUUCUGCUCUGAAUGCUAUUAAUACCAAGAGUUUGACCUUAACCAAGGAGGUGCUCAGACAGAGAGCUCAGCUGGAGAACUCCAUUGAGAAUCUCCAGAUUAAACUGAAAUUGGGCUUAACUAAACUUGGGGAGAUUGACCAAGAAUGUACAAUUCUCCAAAAACAAGAGAUGGCGAUCACAGCCAACGAGGCAUUUGAGUAUGAGGUCAGCGUAACAAGGCUUGUUAAAGUGAAAGCCAAAGAAUCAUCACUUAACUGUGAGAAAUGUAAUGUCACUUGCCACAAAUCAUGCAAGGUACAAUUUGGUGCCAUGUAUUAUUGUGAGGUCUUUAACUGGAGGGGUAACUGCGUUGAAUGCAAAAGCAAGUGCCCUCUAUCGGCGCAUGUCCGUGAGGGUUUCUACUGGGGUUCCGAGACUGUGAAGGAGAAACGAACCUUCAAGGAGCUAAAAGAAAAGUAUGAGAUGGCCUCUAAGGCAGCAAUGUCCAUUGCCGACAUCAUCAAACAGAUGGAGCUGGAGUACGCCCGCCUACACGAGGAGGUGGUCAGGCUGAUGGAGCGCUCAGCCCAGUGUCUCAACACCCUGAAGGAGAUCGCUCUGAAGCCCGAUCCACUGUCAAUGCCUGAAUACAUCGACGUGCUGAUAGAGGCAGAGAAGUCAGAGGCCAAACCUGGCUACCUGGAGCGCAUCAAUAAACUCAUGGAGCUGAAGAAAAAGGCCAUUACCACUGGGAAGGUUGCUAGUGGGGCCACGGUAGUCGCGAUGUGGGGGCAGGAAAGUCCAGCGGCUAGUACCUCUCCCAGCGCCAAAGGGACUGGGUCCAUUCAAUAACAUGUGCUUUACAUAUCAAAGCUUUUGAUUUGAUUUAAUCAAAUGAGAGUGAGAAUUAACAUGGUAAUGCAAUUUAUAGAAAUUAGACAUGUUUAUAAAAUAAAGUUACACUUUUUUCUGUUAUUGGGUCCCCAAUUGGCAUAGUAAAAUGCAUAAAAACGCUGAUAUGUGAAUUCAUAUUCCUAAUUAACAGAGGAUUGUUUGUUCAGCUCAGUUUCUGUGUGAGGAGCCCUCCACCCCUUUCCUCACUCGUAAACCUUGACCUGACCACUGCGAUAACAUUGAGUGUGACCCAAUCAGUCUUGAUUGCGAUGUUUAAAUUAGAAGAUAUGGAGUUUAUUACCCUUAUUUGGAUUUUGUCUCUGUUGUUUUGUGUAUUUUAUAAGCUUGGCCGCUCUCCCGACUCCAGCUGAAACACUGAGUGUAUUGACUCAAUGCUUCUUUGUUCUAAUUUUAAGGACUUAAAAUGAAUUGUUCAAAUUCAGGUGCUGAUGAAUUUAAGACACGUAUCAGCACAUUGGAUUAUAGCUGUGAUGUACUUGUGAUACAUGCAUUCAUUUUUAUUUUGGUUUGUUCGUUUGUUGUGUUCUUUAUCAUUAGUUUGUAAAUGAAGAUUUUAUGGCAAUUCAUGAUGCAUUCUUUAUAAGUUUUGGUCUCGGGUAGAGACAUAUUUCUCCCUUGGGUCUCGAAGUGAGAGGUUUUGCAACCCCUGUAUUAGAGGACAAGAACAAAGGCUCUAAAGAAUAUAUUUCAUGAAGUAUAAUCAUGUUUGACACAUUCCUGUUACCUAAAAGAGAAUAAAGGAUGAAUACAAUUAUC